GCCACCUGUAUCAAUGUUUUUGUUUGGAGUCGGCGUGGUAGCCGGGGCCGAAAUUUGAGUUUUGAAGUUUAGAUUGCACUUUUUUUUAACUUUUUUAUUCUUCCCGUUGUUGUAGUACAUGCACUCGUAUAUCUAAGGUAACUGAGGAAUCGAUUAGAAUGAGGCCUCUUGAGAUAUUUGUUCUGGAGCAUGCGUUGAAGUACCAGAUGGGAAACGCCGUCAAAGCACUCCGUGGGCGUGGCCACAAGCAGACCGUCGUGCACAAUCUGAGCUCGCCGUACAUAUGCCUCAUGUAUCUCAUCCACGUCUUCAGUGGCUACCUGACGUCCACGUACAAGACCAUUUCUUCCUGGGAUCCUGCGGUCUUGAAGAUCCUCCUUGAUGUGUUUCAAGACAUGUACGCCAGGGAGAAGUUCACCUCAGAGAAAUUCCUGGUCCCCUUGAUUCUCAGGACUAGGCUUUUGGAAAUCAUCAUCUACGCGGAGAAGUCGUUGCCUCCCGGGUUUGUCCUCGAGAAGCUAGAUGUCUAUUUCCCGCAGCCCGUUGAGACUUCCUAUCAGGACUUUGCGGAGAAAUAUUCUCUCAAAGGUAAGUCGGUAACUUGGCUGCAAGACACGUGCAAGAAAUCACGUCAGUACAUCAUGAACAUGGUGAUCAAAAAGAAAAAGAUGGAGGGGGACUCCAAGGACCUGGAAGGAUUUGUCGAGACAGUCAAGAAACUCCUGGACCAAGUGGCCGUCGACCUUUCCAAGACGAUUCCGUCCACUGGGCUCGAGAGGGUGGAUUCCCAGUACUGCUCAAACUGCCUAGAGUACAUGCCUUCGGCUGAAGCACGCAUGAAAAAGAGCAAAUGCACGAGUUGCUUCGACUGUCCGAGUUGCAUGCACACACUCUCUGUGAGGGCAACGAGCGUCCAGGUGCCGAGCACCGAAGACCCGAAUAAGAACGUGCCGAAGAAAGUGUACUACCUUGCGUGCGGCUUUUGCAGAUGGACAUCGCGGGACGUGGGCAUGCCUGAUCAACACGUUGCAAGCGGUGGAUGGCACGAGCACGAGUCUCCCUGGGGAAAGCGGAUCAACACUCUGUUUGAGCACUACCGUAUGGUGGCCCAGAAAGACAAGAUGGAGAAAGACAGAAAGAAGUCGACGUCGUACCGCACCAGCUACCUCCACUUUUCCGAUCGAUAUGGUGUGUCCGCUGCAGUGGCCAAGAAGUUUGCCGGACUCACGUCUACUGGGACAAAAGAGGACACUCCGAAGUUGAGCGAAGAUUUGGCACCCGCUCAACCGUCAGCGGAGGUCGAGGGACUGCCGGCGAGCAUCUUUACCGAGCCUGUCAAUGUUGCCAAGUUCACCACCAUAACGCAGCGCCACCUGCAGCCCGACUUCCAGCCGGUCAACGCUUCCCAACUGUACCCGAGGCACAAGCAGCUGCAGAUCAAGAGGUCGCAGCGCUGCAGGGGCUGCGAUCACAACCUGAGCAAGCCAGAAUUCAAUCCUUCGAGCAUCAAGUUCAAGAUCCAGUUGUCUGCAUACCACCACAUUCCGGAGCUUAAAAUCAAGUCUGUGACUGAUUUUAAGGAUGGUGAGGAAUGCUUCGUAGAACUCACGGUGCGGAAUCCAACACCCCAUACGACACACGUCUCUUUUCUGCCCCUGGAAGAAUCUCUGGAAGAACUCACCUGCCAGGCUGUCCUUCCAGAAAGCGACUUUACCUUGCCCCCGAGAGACGAUACGGCUGAGUAUGAUGAUUCUACAGAGUCGACUCAGUACAAGGAUGACCCCAACGUUGUGACAUUCCGCAAAGCCAAUAAGUUGGGGUUCUACAUUCGCGUAAUUCCAGUUGAGGAGCAAGACGACAUUAUUGUCGGUUUCCAGUUAAGGCAUGACUUCACCAACAUGGUGGUCCAGCUGCAGGCGGAUCACAGGGAGCCCCAAGUUAUCUGGAUGACGCACGUCGUGAUUGUGAACUUGGGUCCCAAGACGUACCCUUCAUCCUAGGAAUCUCCGUUGCGACCGUACAAGGGCCACCUCCGGUAUUGCUGCCGCAGCUCACCAGAUGUACUGGAAUUUGUUUCAAAAUAACUUAUAGCGUUCGUAACUUAUUUCGAAAUACAUUGUAGCAUUGCGA